AUGUUCAGCGUGGCCCGGCCGCUUUCGCCGCGCGUGAUCUAUGGCGGUAGCCUGGAGGGUUUGCCGAACACCCAAAUCGUCGCGAGAUGCCCAUCAUUGACCGCCCAGCGAAAUGCCGGCUCGGGCUCGCCGGGAGCGACGAUUCACAGCUCGUCGAAACCCAGCGACGACACCCUACCCAAGCCGCUGAAGCUGGACGUCUGCGAUUUGAUGGGCUUCCGGCCGUUCGAGAUGCCCCGCGCGGACCAGCCGGAGAAGAAGCCGGACGCGUCGGUGAAGCUCUACCGGCGCAUCAUCAGCUACGCCCAGCCCUGCGCCCUUUGCCAAAAGGCCGUCAAGACGAAAGCCCUGGUGGUCGUGCUCCCCUGCUCGCACAUUUUACACCCGGAAUGCGCCGACGAGAUGACGUUCAACCAUCGCCCGUGCGACCGGUGCGAGGAGCAGAAGAGCCAGCGGAAGAGUCUCAGCUUCUACCUGCUGCUCAUGUUCUGCUGCUUU